AUGAAUGCAGCUGAAAUAUUUGAUGUAGUAACAGGAAAAUCAAAGAAACCAAUUUUAGCAAAGAUCGGUAAUGAAACUGAAGAUGAAGCGAGAAAAAGGCAUAGCGUUGAUUUUUCAAUAUGGAAAAGGGCAGAUAAUAAGGCUCAAAAAUAUAUUGUCACGUCGUUAGAUGAACAACCUCUACAAUACAUUAUGAACUGUGACACAGCAAAUGGUAUGUGGAACAAAUUACUUAGUGUGUACGAACAGAUGUCGGACACAAGCAUAACAAUAGUACAACAAAAGUUCUAUCGUUAUACAAUGGAUCCAAAAGACAAUAUAGCAGGUCAUAUUUCAAAAUUAGAAAAUCUAAGUAGACAACUAAAACAAUUGGGAGAACCUAUCUCAGAAUCAAUGUUGAUUACAAAAAUUUUGAUGACAUUACCUGAUAGCUAUAGGCACUUCUACAGUGCAUGGGACUCAAUGAAUAGUGCAAAUAGAACGCUAGAACAGUUAACCACUCGAUUGAUGGUGGAAGAAACACGACAAGUGCAAGGACAGGAGGUCCGUGAUGAUGUUGCUGAAAGUAGUGCUUUGACUGCAACCAAAGGCAAGUAUAAUAAAAGUCAAAAAUACUUGAACAAAAAUGAUAAUACAAAACCAGGAAAAUGCAAUCACUGUAAAAAACCAGGACAUUGGAAAAGGGACUGCAGGAUAUUCAAAAGGGAACAAGAAGAAAAGAAAUCAACUUCCGGUUUGGCGCUUAUUGGUGUACAAAGAAAAAAUGAAGAAAUCGACGACUCGGACAAAUGGUAUGUAGACUCAGGUGCGAGCGACCACAUGACAAAUCGAAAAGAGUGGUUCGUCGAUUAUAAACAUUUUGAUGUGCAUUCGCUUGUACGUAUUGGAGAUGGUAAGCACAUUAUGGCAGUCGGAAAAGGUAACAUAAAUAUUCAUACUUAUGUUGACAAUAAGUGGAUAAAAGGCUACUUAGAAAAUGUUUUAUAUGUACCUGAUCUAAAGGUAAAUUUAUUUUCUUGUGGGGCAUGCCUUGAUAAAGGAAUUACAAUGGUGACAGACAGUAAAGGUUGCUCAUUUAAAAUUAAUAAUCGUGUAAUUGCAGUCGGUGUUCGUGAGAAUAAAUUGUUUACAAUGCUAAUCAAAACAGAUAUUUCACAGGAAAUUGGACACUGUGCUAACGUUGCAGUUAAGAAAUUAACAUUAGAACACUGGCACAAAAUACUAUGUCAUCAGAAUGUCAAACAUGUUCGUGAGUAUUUAAAACACAAUGAAAUACAAUUUACAGAUAUACAAGGACAGUUAUUCUGUGAACCAUGCAUCUAUGGCAAACAGCAUAAGGAGACGUUCACUCAGAGCGAAACAAUAACUACUGAACCAGGGCAAAUAAUACACAGCGACGUAUGUGGACCCAUGGAAGAGAAUUCACUAGGAGAAUGUUCUAAUAACUUAAAUGAUAAUAAUAACAUUGAUGUUCUUAGCUUACACAAAGACGGCUCAUUAGAACACAGCAAUAAACCAGAAGGAGAUGAAGUCAUAGAAAAUGAAUAUGGACCAAUAAGUGUAGAUGACAAUGAAAAUCAAGAACUUGAACAAGGAAAUGGGUCAAAUGUCAACGUGUACAACUUGCGAGACAGAAGUAAUAUUAAGAAACCAUUACGUUAUGAUAAUUCAGCAUUUUUCGUAGUCGAAUCCGAUCCAGUGAAUUUCAAGGAAGCUGUGGAGUCACAAAAUUCAGAAAAAUGGGUGGAAGCCAUGAACAAUGAAAUGGAAUCUCGUGAACAAAACGGAACAUGGUCUCUCACAUUAAAAGAAGGAUUUAAUAAACGGUUUGAGAGUUUCUUUUAUGAUGAAAGUUUGGUUAAAGCAGCUUCAUUUAACCCAAGAUUUAAAUUGGCUAGGCUAAAAAGAGAUGAAAUAAAUAGCGUUAAAAACAUAUUAAAAGAUGAAUUUAACCUUUUUUUACCACUAGAUAUUUUACCAGUAGAGAAUACUGGAAUUGUUCACAGUACUAUAGGCAAAAAAAGAGGUUUUUUCAGUUUUGAACAUAUUAAUAGUAAUGCUUCACCCGAAGAAGACAGAUUCUCUGAAUUCAACAGAUUUUUUAACGAAGGUUUGAAAUCAUCAGAAUGCUUGGCUGGUUUCCCAAUUAUUAAAAAAAUUUACUUGCGUUACAAUACAGAUCUACCUUCCAGUGCUUUAGUUGAAAGACUAUUCAGUUUUGGAAAGGAUGUAUUAAGAAACAAAAGAUCAAGAAUGACUGAUGAUAAUUUUGAACAUCAAUUGUUAUUAAAGUAUAAUAAUAAUACUAUAAUAGUGUAA